AUGGAUUUUCAAUUCGUCGUUUUUGCGGUUUUGGCGAUACUCGCAGUGUUUGCUAGAGGAGAAAUAGUUUACGCCAGAGAUUACGAGGAUUGCGAGGAUAUAUGCUCGAGUUCCGAUGCAGUUUUUGAAGAUGACAGAUGCGACUGCGACUCCGACUACAGCGUGGGCGAAGAACGAGAGUACGAUUCUCGUCGGAAACGCCAAGCUGGUCACCGUAAAUCGGAGAAGAGCCCGAAAUGCAAAAAGGAUCCGCCAAGCAGCGAAAACGACGAAGCGCAAAUAGUCGCCGACUACUUCAAACAGGACGCGGAGCCAAAGAGCCGCACGAUUUUCGUGGCGCCGGAGCGAGACCUCCAGAAGCCGAAGAAAAAGAGCCACGAGGACUCGUCGGAGGACAGGGAGAACCUGCAAAAGCUGGACGAGGAGAGCGGGGAGAAGAGGCUGGCCGCGGCGAAGGAUCCGGACGAAAGCGCCACCGUGAGCUCGCGCAAGCCCACGAAGCGUCCCACGAAGAAACCCAAGCCCACCAAAGCACCAAAGAAAAAACCAACUGCCCGACCGAAGCCUCGCGAUGGAACUACCGAGCCACCGACCACUGUCCAGCCCAGAGCCAAACCUGGCAAGGCAAAGUCUACCGAUAAGGACAACUUGGACGCGCUGAUGUCCGAGGAAGCGAUGACCGAGCCAAAGGCUAAGAAGGGCAAGACUCUUACUUCCAAGACAAGUGCUCCUAAAAAAGCUUCGCUCGACGAAGACAAUUUGGAAGACGAAGCUGAAGAUACGCCAAAAGCCAAGUCUAGUAAGACAAAGUCCACCGAUGGGAAGGACAAUUUGGUCGAGGACGCGCCAAUGUCCAGGGAAUCAAUGGAUGAGCCAAAGGCUAAGAAGGGCAAGAGUCUUGCUCCCAAGAAAGCUUCGCGCGAUGAAGACGAUUUGGAAAAUGAAGCCACACAGCCUGAAGAUACGCCAAAGCCAAAGAGUACUUCAAAAGCCAAGCCUGGCAGGACAAAGUUCACUGAUGGGAAGGACAAUUUGGUCGGGGAUGCACAGAUAAUUACGCAGCCCAAAGAAACGAUGGCUAAGCCAAAGCCAAAUAAAAAAGUGAAGAGUCCUACGCCUAAGACAACUACUCCCAAGAAAGAUUCGUGCGACGAUGACGAUUCAGAAGCUGAAGAUUCAUCAGCAGUCGCUACACCUGCGCCACAAAAGUCCAAGAGUACCAAAAGCUCUGCCCCAAAAGUCAAACAAAGUAAGACAAAGUCUGAGGAUGAAGAGGACAACUUGGUCGGGGAUGCACAGAUAAUUACGCAGCCCAAAGAAACGAUGGGUAAGCCAAAGCCAAAUAAAAAGGUGAAGAGUCCUCUACCCAAGACAACAACGCCUAAAGAUUCGUGCGACAAUGAUGAUUCAGAAGCUGAAGAUUCAUCAGCAGUCACUACACCUGCGCCACAAAAGUCCAAGAGUACCAAAAGCUCUGCUCCAAAAGUCAAACAAAGUAAGACCAAGUCUGAGGAUGAAAAGGAUAAUUUGGUCGGGGAUGCAAAACUCAAAGGUACCAAAAGCUCUGGUUCGAAAGCAACGAGUCCGAAAAAAGCUAAACAGCCCAAAGAAGAUAGGGCUGAAACAACAACAGAGGCUUCGAGCUUUGAAAAGUCCAGUUCAAGCGAAGAACAAACAGAACAAGAUAAAAAUAAUAAGGUUGUUCCAGCAUCCCCAGAGAGCAAAAAAAUAAUACAAGACGUCAUGAGGGACAUGAUAGGAAAAAUUCCAAAGGCUCUUGGCAAUGUUGGUCAGUCUCAAGUGACCAAGGCACCUCUGAAUAUUUUGGGAGUAUUCAUGCAAAACUUGGAUAACAAAGAUAAUCGGAAGCAGCAGUCGGGCCCAAAGUCUUCCAAAAAAAGUAAAGAUGGCAAGUCUAAAACCAAGUCAUCGGACGAUGAUCCAACCGUUGGUGCGGAAAAUCCUGAUAGCAGCACUUCAACUGAUCCUGACGUCAGCACAGAAAAAUCACGAGCCACACAAAGUACAAAGGCUUCAAAUUCUGCAAAGCAGCGUUUGGGUUCGAAAGACCGGACUGACUGCGCUGUCAAGACACGGACUCAAAAUAUGGCACAGAUGAAUUACAAAGCCAUGCCAGUUCCAAUGUACUAUUCUCCAAUGGCGUUUAUGAAUCCAAUGAUGGGAGGGAUUCCACACAGAAAUAGUUUCAUGUCGAGAAUGCCGUCAGCCUAUUAUCCUGAUUCUCUAAUGGGAAUGCCAUUCAACUAUAAUUAUGAUAAUUUCAAUGAAAGGCAACAGAAGGAGUUGUGCAAGAAAUCUACGAAAAAUCCGUUAGAUGUGAUUAAAAAAUCACUUGACUUUAACAAAAAAGAAAAAUCAUCCAUUAAAACUUAA